GUUCAAAAAAAUAACAAAACAUUUCGCAAAUUCUUGAAAAUAUUAAAUUUAAUUAAAUUAAGCAAAUAAGGACUGUGUUUAACAAAAAGAAUAUAAAGAAGGACUUGCUGGUAUCUUGAACAUCACGAGGAAUGAAGAGAUUUCUCAUUAUUGAGCUGAUAAUUUGAAGAAAAUCAAAAACAAACUUGUUGAUCGUACAAAAUUGGUACUAUUAAAAUCAUGAGUAACGGAAGUGGUAGUGGAGAGUCGUCAAGAAAGAAUGCGGCUAAAGGAACACCAGUAAAAGCUCUUAAAAGAGAUGUCCGUGGAUUGUUGUCAUUACAGCAAGAAAGUCCUAGUCAGUCCGAUGUUUUAUGGAGUUCAUUGGAUUCACCACACAAGAGUCGAACUGUAGGUGGAAAAUCCAAGUCAUUAAAGUCGUCUAACGAAUUGACUCCAAAAAAUAGCGCUAUUAGAAAGAAGUAUUAUUCAUCGCCGGUUUUGGUAGCUCGAGUACCUGAUGACAAUGAUGAGGAGAUUAGAAAACGUAAAACAUUAGAGAAUCAGAGAAUUUUGGAGGAAUUUCACCGACAAUUCAGCAAUGAUAAUUAUGUACCACGAAAUCUACUUGAUAAUCUCGAAGAGAAUCUAGACGACUCAAUCGUUGCCCAAGAUGCACAGAUUAAUCCACAGACUAGUGAUAAUAUUAAGGAUGAAAUUGACAGAUUAACUGAUUACAACUUAACAGACCAAGAAGAUUUUGAAGCUUUGGAUGAGAUGGAGGAACAAGCAAGGCAAUUUCUUAUCAAAAAGGAAACUCAAAGUUCCAUAAAAGUGACAUCAAACAAAUCAAGUACUCAAGUAGCAAAGCCAAAGGAGCCUUUAAAAUCAUUUAACUUUAAGAACCCAAAAUCAGCACCAACAACUUCCAAAGAGAAGAAAGUAACGAUUAAAAAUGAUUAUUUUGACAGCGAUGAUGAUGAUAUAAUCUUGUCAAUUCCAUUAGAACAGUUAUCAGCCGAAAAUGUUCCCAAACCAUCUACUACCUCUUUAAGUAAUAAAAAGGAACCGCCAGUUAAGAAUAAUAACUUCAGCCACACCUCUGUAAUACCCACUAAAAGAGAAAAUAUCAGUGUCAAUUCAGACAAAAAUAGAAUGCAAAAUCAAAGUAACUCAAAACCGCUUGUUCAAUCCAAAUCAGCUGCUGACAAUGCCACAUCAGAGCCAUUAGCAAAGCGACAGUGUACAGCAGAUGAAAUAGCUGAAAAGAGGCGUCAAGCGAUGCAAAGGCGUGCAGCGUUCCUUCAAAACAAUAAAUUAACUCAAAAACCUAAGAACUAAGACUAAGCCACAAGAAUUAGAAAGUAAAAAGCUUUUCGGAUGAAAAUAAGAUGCAAAUCAAAUUGAUUUUGAUAUGUUUUUGCGUAUUUUUGAUCCUGUCAAUUGAGACUCUUGCUAUUAUGGAUUCAAAGAUCUGCUCUCUAUGAAUUUAAAAGAAUUCCAAGAG